CCGUGCGCACAACAGCUAGGCUUUUCUAGUUGGUCCCCGGCUGGCCGGAGGGAAGAGUCGACACCAUGAACCAUGUAGUGACUAUCGAGGAGCCCCAGGCCAACCCGCAGGUGUCUCAAACCCGGUGCGGGGUGAAGUCGGGGACCUGGGGCAACGUCUCCUCCAGUCGACCGUAUGAUUUUCUGUACGACCCAUUGUUUAUUGUGUCAAGUGAGAAAGACCACACACAGGCAAAUAUCCAAGCUAACCUGAUUCGAAACAGACUGAGAAAAGUUCCCAGGUUUAGAACCAUGUUCAGUAACCUGAUUCAUUAUCCAAGAUAUUCUCUGUAUUGGAGCAAGGCAGACCCUGUCCCACCAUUCAUCCGUCAGGAAUGGAAGAGACAUGAGGAGAAACACAGAGAAGCCCUCUGGCACCUUGCCAUAACAGAUACAUCUUUUCAGAUGGCCAAAGAGGUUUAUGCAGAUCCUGAAGUAACUGGAAAGAAUCGCUAUAAAUACUUUGAAAGGCCUUUCCUUCCAUUUCAUCAACAGAUGCCCCUUAAUGUCGUUUUUGCAGUAACCAAGACAGAGCCAUAUACUUUUCCUACUACUUCUGCUAAGUACCCAUCUAUCCCUUCAAAGUGUACUGUGGGCACUCAGACUGAUUAUCGGGAUGCUGAAGUUCAAACAGAUCCAUAUUCUCCAGAAUAUGUAGUAUGUCAGGAGUCAAUCCCUGAGCUCUUGACCCUGGCUACUCUUACUUGGGGUCGAGGGCUCCCAGCAGGACAAGCUGAAGUUGAGAUGAUAGAACGUGCCCGGGAGAAGCGUGCUUGGGAAGCCACUCUUCCCUGUCUGAGUGACACCUCCCAGUUUGAGAAGAGAAGGAGGAUGAUGAAUGCGAUGGAGAGGAAGGAAUGGGCCUUCAGAGAGCAGGAGAUUGAAAAACUGCAGGAGAUUCGCCUGGAAGUCCUAAAAGAGCUGCUGAAGAAGCGUGAUGAGAAUCAAAAUGAAGUGAACAUGAAGCAUUUGAAUGCCCAGUGGUCUAAACUGCAGGAAGCAAAGGAGGCAAAACUGGCACAGAUUCAGCACAGACAUGUAUCAGCAAUCAGGAAACUUGUGGGAAAGGGAAAGAAUAUAGAAGGGAAGUUGGAGAGAAGAAAUAUCAUCAAGGAUUAUUCUGACUAUGCAUCCCAGGUCUAUGGGCCUUUGUCUCGCCUUGGUCGUUUCCCUGAUAACAACUCAGAGGACUUUGUAGUAAAAAACCACUAUCUCAACACCUAUGAAGGAUUAGUUGAACUUGAGUCAUGUCUCCCAGAUUUUGUGACACAACCCCGAAUCAGACCUCCAAAGCCAAAAGUCACUAACACGAAAGCUGGUUUUCUCAAGAGGGCAGCAAGAAUGGAACAUGAGUUGGCAGAGGUUCAUAAGGCAAUAUUGGAUAAGAAGAAUAAAGUUCUUGAACCAAAGAAACUUCUGCGCUUUCUUCAAAGAAAGUCACUACCUCAACCUCGCCUUCCAACUCCAACUUUGGAAAUGAGUUCCAAUGAAGAAGAAGAUAUAGAGAUGGCUGUGAUCUACCUUCAAAAGUUACUCCGGGGAAGAGUCGUUCAGAACACGAUGUUUGAAGGCAAGGAAAAGCGACUGGAGUUGAUCCAGGAGCUGCGCACCAGCCAUGCGCUACAAGAAGAUGACAGGCUGCUGAAGAAAGCUGAGAAGCAAGUGACCCUGGCCUUACAGCGACAGAGGAACUUGCAUGAGCACAAGGUGUCACUGGUUGAAAACCAUUUGGCUGGACUGGAAGGAAGGGUUCUGGCAGACAUGUUUGACUUCCUGUCCAAAGAGCUGGUGAGACUACAGGAAGAGAGGAGGAUCCAUGCUUUUGCCAUGCUGGCCGAGCGGCAGCGGAGGAUGCGAGAAGCUGAGGAGAGUGGUCGGCGCCAAGUGGAGCAAAGGCGCCUGCGGGAGGAGGACCAGAUAUUUAAGGAGGUGGUUAAAGUUCACCAAAGUACUGUAACUUCCUAUCUGGAAGACAUAAUACUGAAUACCGAAGAGAAUACUGCAGAAGAACAAGCCAGGGCAGAAAUUGAGAAGAUGGCUGAGGAAAUCAAUGACAUUGCUUACGAAAUGGAGAGCCGUCGAACUCAGCUUCAGUCAGAGGAGAUUGUUGCUGAGUUGGUUUAUAGUUUCCUGAUCCCAGAGGUCCAAAAGGACUUUGUCAAAGAAAAAGCAGGAGUCCAUCGAGAGUAAUGCCACAAACCUGGCAUUGUACAAGCAGCCCCAAUGGGCUAGCACUGCUCGCCUGACUCCUACUCCAGAGAGGGGGAAGAUGACCACACACACACCAAUUCAAUUGUGGACCCAGCAAUGGGCAGAUGUGGUCUGACUGCAGGCCUCACCCACCCAACAAAACCCCCCCAGGGGUCAACCCAGAGAGAGCACCCUGCAGCUCCAGAAAGCAUCUGAGCUGACCCAAAUCAAGCCCAAAGCAACAUCAGACUGGCCAAAUUACAACAGAGGGACCAAACCCUACCCACAACAGCAAAAAGAGCCAUUGAAGAUGACUGGACUAGAGGCAAAACAUGACUCAGGCACAACAGUAGGGCACAUGCAACACACAUAGGAGAUACCCCUGAAGCACCAGGUUCUGGGUGAACAUGGGACACUUGCACUGCAGGCACUAUAGGGCUUCUUCUUUGUAAGGCCACUACUUUCAAGAACAGGAGAUACAGGCUGACUUUCCUAACACAGAGUUAGACAAAAUGAGGAGAUAAAAGGAAUAUAUCCCAAAUGAAAGAACAGGACAAAUCACAGCAAGUGAGCUAAAGGAAAGGGUGAAAAGCAAUAUGACUGAUAGACAAUUAAAAGUAAUGGUCAUACCAAUGGAAUAGAAUAGAAACCCCAGAACUAGACCCACAAAAGUAUGGCCAACUAAUCUUUGACA